AUGACACGUGCAACACGGCAAAAAGAAAAGGAGGAGGAACAGGCCGGACGUCGCGCGACAAGGAGGCUGUCUCAACAGACCGAUAGGGAGGGUGGUGGCGGCUCUAAAGGUACUAAUGCGUCCGCCGCGCGUGGCAGAUGGCUGAAAAUAUUGGCGGGAAAAAAGGCCGCGUUUGGACAGGAGAAGUCCGGCAAGAAGGCGGAAGAGAAGGAGAAGACUGCUACUACUGCCAUAGGGAGCCCGACCGUGGUCGAAAUUUCUGCUGCCGUGGUGGAUAAGGCCAAGGCGGGGGAACACAGCAUCGUCGACGUAGGUGGCUCUCCUCCUUCUGGUGGAUGUGGGAGGCGUAGGCAGAGGAAGAGCGAUGGGGAAGAAGGUUAUAACACCGCCAUGCCCGGGGACAUCAAUACGCGGUCGAAGAGGCGGCAGACAAGCCGCGGUGCUGACAACGCCGGUGGUGCGGAAGUUGGGACAACGCGAGGCACCAGGGAAGAAAGUGGCAAGGCGACGGGUCAUGCAUUGCGCAAGAAGGGCCGACCCGCAGCGAGGAGAACAUCCGGCGGAAGGAGGGGCAAGAAAGAUGAGGGGGAUGCGGGGGAUGAGGAGGAGGAGGCUGAUGAGGAGGAGGAUGCGGAGGAAGAGAAGGAUGAAGAGGAUGCGGAGGAGGAGGACGCGGAUGUUGGGGAGGAAUAA